GAUUCCAGACCUUUUUGAGAGGAAGAUAAACACAUUCCAGAAAAAGAAUGUCAAACCUACUGAGUUUCUGACAAGUUUUCACUGUCAGGCUGAAUAUCGUGACAGAGUCCUCCCUGAAUAAGGCAACACCAGAGCAACCUCCUGCUCCUCCACUAAGAUGCAAUGACUCCUUCCCAGUGUGUCUAUUACAAUGAAGGUGAACAUGAUUUCAAGUCCCGGGCAUCAGUCUCAGAGAAACCACAUGACGUUGCCAUGCUCGAUAUUAGUUGAGAUGGUGAUCAUGGCAGGGACCGUGAUGCUGGCUUAUUACUUCGAAUACACGGACACCUUCACCGUCAACGUGCAAGGCUUCUUCUGCUACGAGGGCGCGUACCGAAAGCCCUACCCGGGCCCGGAGGACCGCAGCGCCGUGCCGCCGGUGCUGCUCUACUCGCUGACCGCAGGAGUGCCCGUGCUGGUGAUUAUCGUUGGAGAAACUGCAGUCUUUUGUCUACAGUUAGCUACAAAGGAUUUUGAAAACCAAGAAAAAACAAUAUUAACUGGAGACUGUUGUUAUAUAAAUCCACUGGUGCGCAGGACCAUCAGAUUCCUUGGAAUUUACGCAUUUGGACUGUUUGCUACGGACAUCUUUGUAAAUGCUGGACAAGUAGUAACAGGGAAUCUUGCACCCCAUUUUCUUGCACUUUGUAAACCCAACUAUACAGCACUGGGAUGUAAACAGUAUACACAGUUCAUCAGUAGCGUUCAUGCCUGUACUGGAAAUCCAGACCUUAUCAUGAAAGCCAGAAAGACAUUCCCAUCCAAAGAAGCAGCACUAAGCGUAUAUGCAGCUAUGUAUCUGGCUAUGUAUAUCACCAAUACAGUGAAAGCCAGAGGAACAAGGCUUGCAAAACCUGUUCUAUGUUUGGGCUUAAUGUGCUUGGCUUUCCUUACUGGAAUCAACAGAGUAGCAGAGUAUCGAAAUCACUGGUCAGAUGUAAUAGCAGGAUUUGUAAUCGGAAUAUCUAUAGCAGUCUUCUUGGUUGUUUGUGUGGUAAAUAACUUCAGAGGACGUCAGCCAGAACAUGAGCAUUCUCAUAUGGAUAAUCUGGCCCAGAUGCCCAUGAUCAGCAUACCCCGAGUAGAAAGCCCUUUAGAAAAGAACCACAUCACGGCCUUUGCAGAAGUCACAUGAUGUUGACGCUGAUGUAUAUUCACUCCAUUGGACUUCAUCUCUUUUCACAGCCCACACAUGAUAUUUGCAGUGUAUCAAAAAUAAGAAAUUUUUAAAAGUCCUGUUUCUGACUUGAUUUUUACAUCAUUAAAAUGAUACCAACAUUUUGAAGAAUUCUUAAAUAUUAGGACGUCACUUUACUUUCUAGCAAAAAUAUUAACUGUUUACUUUUAUGAUGGAAUGGGACAAACUGAGCACUAAUUAUAAUACCCUCUAUUUUGGCUUCUCAUUGUUUUUAAUGGUUCAUGUACCUAUUCCAACAGUACUUUGUAUUCUGAUUUAACUUUGAUUUUUAAAAUCUACAUUUUUAAUUGAGCAUGAACUUGUUUCCAUUUGAGGCGAUUUCAGUGUAUAAAAACUAGACAAAUAUUAUGUUCUGUAUGAAGAUGCUGUUUGCACAUUGUAUUACGCUGUAUUUCAUGUAAGAUAUCAUUCAAACAAUAUGUUACAUGUAAGACUGGUGCUUCUGCUUUUGAAGAGAAAAAAAUGCCAAUUUUUACUGUAAUAAGUAUUGUAUCAUAAUUAAAGGUUUAUUUAUUUGGAUAUUUUCCUGACAUAAUUGUAGUUGAAUUGUUGUUUUGUAGUUCUUGAAUGUCUUGAAUGAUAUAUAUGUAUCUAGGUUAAAAGAAAUGAAAAUAAUAUAGCAAGUUUGAUCAUUGAUAUAUUCUUUAUUACUAAUGAUAUCCCAUGAAAGGUUAAGGGCUCUGUUCUUAGCUUAGCAUAUCUGAUGGAAGCCAUGGUAUUCAUAAGUCAUUUAAAUGAAUUAUUUAAGAAAGCCUGCAUCUUCUCAUGUUUGUUGUACUCCCUGAUACUAUGCUGGGAGAAUGGGUGCUAAAGUAAGAAGGUCACUGGCUUAGUGAGAAAAGCGCAUCUGAAUUUCUACUCUCUAUUUUCAUGGAAAACUCACGGUAAAGCCAAAAUGGCUUCAUUAAUUUUCUUCAGCCUAAGUGGCCAGGACAGGCAGAUUAUCUACAAAGCUUUCUAUCUCUGUUUGUGUUUCAGGCUCUUGUUCUUGGGGGAAAAAAAAAAAUCCUCUGCUAGUCAGUGUGGUGUUGAUGAAUUGAUUUUUCUUCAACAUCAGGCGAUGUUAUCAUAGCUCUGUUAUCGCUGCGAAUAAUCAGAUUAAGUCUCCCCUUUAAAAGACAGUUGUGCAGACAAUACGUAGUGAAGUUGUCCUAUAAAAAUUGAGCACCAAAUGGAUUGGAAUAUUGUAAAUGUUGAUGACAUUCUUAAUGUCUGCUGGAAAGUUUUCCUCUGGCAACAGCUGAUAAAAUGCUAGCACUACAGAAACAUUGAGAAUACUGUUGUUCAGUGCAGGCUGUUGAGCAUUUUAGGCCUUAAAUUUUCUACAGUUCCAUGUAUUUCCUGUGCGUUAAUCAUUGUUAGAGUAUGUUUGAAACAUAAGGAUGUAGAAGCGGGUAUAUUUUUUUUGAUGAUGAAUUUUAAUGCAUUCCCACAUAGUCAUCAGGUAAUGCCUGCUUUUUACUUUUUGUUUUAACCUCUGCUUUCACUAAAAUUCAACUACCUAAAGAGUGCUUGGCAAACAGGGCAAGGCCAAGUCGUCUUUCAGUGCAAUAGAGCAUUUGUCACGAAGUCAUUGUGCUAAGCUGAGAAUUAAGAGAGUGAAGAAAUAUAUCAGUGGGGACAAAAAUCUUAGAAUAGAGUCCUUAGCUGCAACUACAAUACUUAGGUGAUUGAAAAUCCACCUUUAUUAGACUAUCAGCUGUGUUUACAAAAUCGUAGUAGAUCCAAAGUUUGUACCACCGUGUUAGGCACACUCACCCUUCUCUUAGUCUAGGUAGUUAGGGUCCAAGGUACUAAUGAUUUCUCUGUGUGCAGAUUUAAAUGAAAUCUUCACUCGUUUUUGCAUGGUAGCAAACCUGCAUUUUUUAUAUCUGAUUUAUAAGAUUACCAAGAGAUUCUUUUAUGUUAAAAGAGAUGACUCUUUUUCAGUGUACUGUAUAUCAUCAACUUGUAACUGGUCUCUUUCUCAGGAUCUUUCCCAGUCAAAUAUUUGGGUUAAAUUUAUCAUACUAUCUCUGUGAACCAGCAGUGAGAAAACAAAAAGAGAGACACUCUGCUGUAUAAUGUAUUUUUAAAUAAAAUAAUUUUUCAUUCA